CUUAUAAUAUUUUUUAUAUCUUCAAAAAAUUAAUUUGUUUCAUUUCAUUAUUUAAUUUUAGCGUUAAAAAGGUACCAUUUUGUUUUGAAGCAAAACGAUUGGAUAGGCUUAAAAUCAUUAAAAAGAUCAAGCUUAAUAAAUGGAUAUUAGAAGAAGCUUGCGUAAAAUAGAGCGCCGUCAUUAUACCGAUGAAGGCAUGGGAGAAGACGAGAUAGAUGGCAAAAGAUGCUACGAUUUAACGGAAAAACUAGCCGACCCAAAAUUUGAACUGGAAACUUACAUUCGGGAAUUAAAAGGGGAAGAUUUUACCGUAAAGUAUAUUCAAGAGAACGGUUUCGAAUAUCCGCUAAUAUUCAAGGACAAAAGCGGAUUAGGACUUAGGGUCCCAAGUCAAAAUUUUAACGUUGACGAUGUUAGGCGUUUAGUAGGAAGUCACCGGCUUUUAGAUGUCAUGGACGUCGAGACGCAAAAAGAUUUGGUUAUGACCAUGAAAGAUUGGUGCAAAUACUUCAAAAACCCUGUUAAACAUAAACUUUUGAACGUUAUCAGCCUUGAAUUCAGCAAAACUAAGUUAGAAGAUUACGUGGAAAUGCCUAAAGUGGUGAAGGAUAUAGAUUGGGUCAAUUCGGUUUGGCCCGUUCACUUGUUAGAGGCUCAAAAUGUAGCUACCAAUAAUUUAUCCGAAAUGAAAUAUCCCAAAGUCCGGAAAUAUGUCUUAAUGAGCGUGGCCGGGUGUUACACCGACUUUCAUAUCGAUUUCGGCGGGACUUCAGUGUGGUACCACAUUCUUCACGGGGCUAAGAUAUUUUGGCUAAUACCUCCUACCGAACGAAAUCACAAACUUUACGUGAACUGGACGCUCUCAGCUAAUCAGGGAGAAAUAUUUUUUGGUGACCUAGUGGAUAAUUGUUCUCGGGUUUACCUAUCUGCGGGGGAUACUUUUAUGCUACCCACCGGAUGGAUACAUGCCGUGUUUACUCCCAAAGAGUCAUUGGUGUUUGGAGGAAAUUUUCUGCAUAGUUUUUCCAUAGCUCAACAACUGAAAAUUAGCGAAAUUGAAGAUUUAACCCACGUUAAAUUGAAAUUCAGGUACCCAUUUUACACUGAAAUUCAUUGGUUCGUUUUGGAGAAGUAUAUCAGGGUUUUGACCGGAAAACCAUACAUCAAUAUACCCAAGAAGAAUUUGGAUAAAGAUACAAUAUUUGAAAAUCAACAUGAUAUUUCGUACGACCCUGACAGAAAAAUGUUUAGUUUGACUAAAUGGGAACUUAAUAGUCUCAGGGCACUUCUGAAUUACCUUAUCACUCGACCUAAUGGAAAACAAUAUAUACCCACUCUUAUAUUGGAACCCGAAAAAUUAUUGCAGGAAGCCAAAAAUCAAUUAGCCAUUCACUUUAAUGACAACCCAAUUGCUGCAAACACUGGUAAACAUAUUUUAUCCAGACCAGAAAACUAUCUUAAAAACUAUUCCUACUUUUCCGACAGUGGAUUGGACGAGGAAGAUUUCGGUCCUAUUUCAAACAGGGCCUUUUUGUCCUACAACGAUGAUAAGUUACUAAAAUCAUCCAACGCCGUUUUAAAAUCCGCUACGGCUGGGAGAGGGAAGGGUAGAAAAUCUAAUAACAAGAAUCCCAGUUUCGGCUCCAACCCCCAUCUCAUAUUUCUGACCACCGAUCCAUUUUCCUUCGAUUUCUCCUCAAGCGCGGGCACGAUUUCCAACACCAGUAAAGAAGACCUUUACAAGAGUAUAAUGAGGAAACGUAGGAUAAGGUGCCAGCAAUGUGAAGCCUGUAUACGCGAAGAUUGUACCGAAUGCGUUUUCUGUCGAGGGAUGACAAAAUUCGGAGGACCGGGCACUCUUAAAAAACCAUGCAUCAGUCGAAAUUGCAUGAUGCCUUUACUACCCCGCACAGCUGCUUGUUACAUUUGCGGUCACAGAGAUGCCCCAGACGGAAAAUUAGACGAUCAAUUCAACCCCUUCAAUAUUAACGAGUGCGUGUACUGUCGAAUGAUCACCCAUCCUAUCUGUUGCCAGACUCAAUUCAGGGACCAAAAAUUGGCUUACAUUGCUAAAAAAGGAGAUGAAAAAAUGACCAAGAAAGAAGGGGAAAUUUGGUAUGGGGGUGUUGACCAAGAGCGGGUUAAGGAGAAUGAGAGGAUGGAUUCAAUGAAUAAGAUUGAAAUGAUCACGGAAUCACUCAUUUCCCCAAACCCUCAACCCGAAAAUACAAUAAUACCAACAACCAAUAAUAUAGAAAAUUUGUUAAACAACGGAGAAAUAAUGGACUUUGAUGAGGUUUCCAUUGACAUUUUAGGAAAUUUGUCAGGAACUGAUACUGGUAAUAAAAAUUUAGAGGAAUCAAACCUACUAUUUGAAAAUAAUGAAAUUAAAGAACCCGAAGAUAUUAACUUUUUAGAAUUAGGAAUCGUUAACGAGGAUAAUGCUUGUUGGUGGGAAUGUCCUAAAUGCUUGACCAUAUUAUCUAAAGGCAGUGCUAGAGAGGUAUCUUCAAUACUCGAAAGUUUGCCAAAGAGAUUGCAGAUGCUUAGCACGGCCUACCAAAUACUUCCUUGUUUUAAAAAUCGGCCCUCUAACCAAACGGACGAAAUGUGCUCGGUUAAGCUAAACAUAAUGAAUGAUGAUAUGAGUAUUACGUUCAAUGAGAGCACGCGAGAUUCCUUACUAACCACUUAUACCGGCGACGACCAAAAUUCUUAUGAAUUUAUACCGACUUUAAAUAUGAAUUCCCAAAUAUCGAUAGAUUCUGUCGCGUCAAAUGUCGCAGAGACCUUUGUACGUUUACCCAACAUGACCAGCAAUCUCGAUAACCAUUUAAUCAAACCAAAUGAUCUAAAUAAUCAUAUUGCCGACACCAACCUAGGACAUAACAUUGGAAACUUACCCGUUAAAAAGAAAAGAGGUCGAAAAUCUAAACAUAAUAAGGAGGGGGAGAUGCUGGCUCCUAAUUUACUACUCAAGACAUUCGAUAAACAUAAUCGGCUUUCCUCCUUUCCACUUAUUAGUAAUAAUGAUAUCGAUCUUUAUCCCGCUCCAAAUACUAAUUCUUCAUACGACUUGGAAAACCUUACCCCAUCUUGCCUAUCGUCAUCUUCGUCUAAUGAUGAUAAAAGCGGCGGUAGCAAAAGAUACGGUAUCAAAAAAGCGAGACACGACAUGCUACACAAUGUUGAGUACGAAUGUGUGGACGAAAGCCGGGAUACCAAAAUAGUCAUUCGUAAAAAACAUCGACCGGGUCCUCCAACUUGUUCUUUUGAAAAUAAUUUAAAAUUAACAGAUUCUUUUAAUAAUAAUAUAAAUAAUAUUGAACUGGCCCAAGUUGACCCAUGCCUUUACAGACAUUUGGACCAAUUACUGAGACACUAUUCAUUUCAUCUCCAUGGAAAAGUUCAAAGCCAGGUUAAAAUAGAGGACGGAAUUGGUUAUAGACAGCUGGAAAACAACGAGAAGAAUCUUAUGGAACAAGUUAGACAAUUGGAAGAAGCGGUGAGUAUCGUUAUUAAACAAGAGAAGGAAAAAGUAACUAUCCGCGAUAAAGAUACUAUUAUUUCGAAGGCAUUUAUAGAUUCCACGUUUCUAGAAUCGAUCGUGGAUAACCCAUUAAGUUUAGUACAGACAAUGUCAUCUGUAUAUGACAACUUUUUUCUCCCUACUACUACACCCAUUUCUAAUAAUGAUAACAAAGAAACAAAUUUGCUUCAAAUAAUUCAUAGUCCUAUUACCCAUAGUGAUCUAUCAUCCUUCAUUUCUUCUCCUUCUUCCCCCGAUCAUUUGCCAGAUAACGAUCAUUUAUUUGAAGACAUGAGUUCAAUAAAUCGCCAUAGAGUCAUAUCGGAUCAAGUCAUAUCUAGAUCCAAGCCUAGAAAUUUUCCCAUGUGCAUAAAAAAUAACAAUAAGGGAAUUACAAACGGUAUCAAAGAUGAUAGUUUUAUUGACAUUGUAAAUGAUGGAGCCAUCGCCUAUCAUAAUGGGAAUGUAUCGAUCGGGAAUGUUGUCAAUUCUCAGUCCCAUAGCUAUGCGAUUAACAAAGAGCCUGCUACGAAUGUCAUUGCUACUCAAUCUCGUAAUUUUGCCAUAAACGUUGCAAAACGUAGCCACAUAUGUGAUCCGUCAUACAAUAUCGGCUCUCGAACUAAAUAUAUAUUAGAAAAAGCUAUAUGGAUUAAAGUUUUCAGCUGUUUGCAGCCAAUUGAUUUAACUAAGUGCAUCUCAUGUUGUAAAGCUUGGAAUAUUUGGGGAUUGGACCCUCUUUUUUGGAAACAUAUACGCAACGAUAUAAACGCAAAUUUCAAAAUUAAUUUUGAUUUACUCAAAGGUCUCAUUAAAAAGCGACCAGAAUCUUUAACAUUUGAAAACUUGCAUCUUAAACCUAGCAACAUCGAAUUUUUGUUAAAAUGGCUCCCCGAUUUGACCAGCCUUCAUCUGGUUAGAUGUACUUGUUCUGCUUACGAAAUUGGUAAUAUUUUUGCUAAGGGUUACACCUGGAACAUGAAUAGCUUACAAUUAUCUUACAUAGAAGAUUUGGAUGAUCAUUCUUUAUGGAAAAUUUUAACUUUUCCAAAGGAUGGGUGCGACAUCGAUAAAUGUAUCGUUAAUUGUGAUAACUAUAAUUUAAACGAUGAAGACAUAGAGAAAUAUGAUGCUAGCCAUUCGCAUUCAGGUUUAAAGCUUUCCAUAAUGCCUAAUAUUACCCUCUACGCUCUUCGAGAUAUCAACUUGACUGGAACGCAUAUAAGUGAUGUCACAUUGAAAUUGAUAGGACAAAGCUGGAUCUUGCCACACUUGAUUAGAAUAGAUUUCAGUUAUUGUUUAAAGAUAACCAAUGUCGGUGUAUUAAACUUAAUAUUAAUGGGUCAUAAUUCUUCACUUUCAUUUAAUACCAAAAAAUUAACUCCAUUAGCUAAACAAUUAGUAACCUUAAAAUUAAGAGGUAAUUACAACAUUACGGACAAUGCAUUUUUGAUACAGGAUAAUGGUAAUAUUGUGUCCAUAUACCAUUUUUGUCCUAAUUUAUUGAAUGUUGAUGUGAAAAAUUGUCCUAAAAUUAGUUUAAAGGGAAGACAAAUCUUACACAAAAUGGAUAAUGUUUAAACCUAUUAAUCAAAAAAACAUCUUUAUACUUUGAGAUUUAC